AUGGAUACUGAAAAGAACCCCUGGAAUGAAUCACAGAUCCGUACUCUCCGGUCGACUCACAGACCCGGUUGGAUAAGAUUGCUGGCCAUAACUGUUGUACUUGCACUUGUCUUUGGGGCUCAAAUCGUUACAAACGGAGUCUGCUUACGGCAGUCACCAACUGUAGAAGAUGUCCUUCGUCAGGCUCCUCUGAUAGACGGGCAUAAUGACUUUCCAAUCUGGAUCCGAGCGUUCUACCAGAAUCGCAUCUAUCAACGAAACUUCACAUACGAUGGCCCACUCUUCGGACAGGUGGAUUUCCCCCGUCUUGCUCAGGGCCGUUUGCGAGGCCAAUUCUGGAGUGUUUAUGUGGAAUGCCCAAAGGCAGCCAAUGAUUAUUCUGACGAGACGUAUUUUGAGAUACAACGAGACACACUGCAACAGAUUGACCUGGUUAGUCGGCUAAUCCGCGCUGAGCCCGAUAUGUUAGCACUGGUCCACUCCAGCGCCGACGUAUGGGAGACAUUCAGCAAUCAGCCGACCCGUAUCGCCAGCGUCAUGGGCAUCGAAGGCCUCCACCAGAUCGCCAACAGUGCCAGCAUUCUCCGUCUAUACCACAGUUUAGGCGUGCGAUAUGCCACACUGACACACGAAUGCCACAAUGCCUUCGCCGACAGCGCCACCCCGGCCCGACCACUCCACAACGGACUUUCUGAGGCAGGACGCAUACUAGUCGGCGAGAUGAACCGCCUGGGAAUGAUCGUGGAUCUGGCGCACGUCAGCUACGAGACGAUGCUCGCCGCCCUGGACGUGACGACCGCGCCUGUCAUCUUCUCGCAUUCCUCCGCCUACGCGUUAUGCCCACAUGAGCGGAAUGUACCGGACGACAUACUCUGGAAACUGAAAAGGAACGACGGAGUCGUCAUGGUUAGCUUCUACCCGUCCUACACGCGGUGCGACGACCCGGACCGCGCCACCAUUGAGGAUGUCGCCGAUCAUAUCCAGUACAUUGGCGAGUUGAUCGGCUACCGGCAUGUCGGACUGGGGUCGGAUUUUGAUGGAAUGCCGUCGGGGAUCAGGGGGCUGGAAGAUGUCAGAGCUGGCUGGAGUGGUCGGGGCAAUGUUCUGCGGGUUUUACGGGCCGUGGAGGAUGAGGCUGCAACACGGGCUGACGAAUUGCCUCUCGAGGAUGAUGUGAAGCCAUUCUUCUCUUGGAUAUGA